CAAUUGCCAAUGCCAGAUGCCCCAAAGGGAGGGAACACAACAGUGGAUGUGACUCUAGAUCCAGACACAGCUCAUCCCAAACUCGUCCUGUCUGCAUAUGGGAAAUGUGUGAGACUUGGAGACGUGUACCAGGCUCUGCCCGACACCCCGGAGAGAUUUGAUCAUUGUGCCUGUGUCCUAGGUGCCGAGGGAUUCGCCAGCGGGAGGCGUUACUGGCAGGUGGAGGUGGGGGACAAGCCUGAGUGGGACCUAGGCAUUUGCAGGGAGUCUUUGAAAAGGAAGGGAAAGAUCACCCUCUCCCCUGGGAACGGAUGCUGGGUUGUUUUACUCAGGUAUGGGAAAUACAUGGCUGCCACCUCCCCACCAACCUCCCUCCCCGUGAGCGCCAGGCUCUGGCGGGUGGGGAUUUUCCUGGACUACGAGGCGGGUGAGGUUUCGUUUUACAAUGUGACUGACGGGUCCCAUCUCUUCACGUUCACCGACACCUUCUCCGGGACGCUCCGCCCGUAUUUCAGUCCUUGUCCCAACAGGAAUGCAGAUCCCCUCAUUAUCUGCCCGGUCCCAGUGUAGCCUGGAGAGUCUCUGUCCCUGACAGUGACCCCAGUGGCACAGACUAGCCCCUCCCUGCUCUGACCAGCCCACAGACCUGUUCCCAUGGGGAUGGUUUAAAAGGCAUCACCUGCCUGCCCCACCCUCCCCAUCUCCAUUCCCAGGAGCAGGCCUGUGGCCUAAGGAAAAGAUGCCUGAGAGGGGGAACCACGUUAAUCUGUAUC